CUAGGCUGCCCGUCGGCCGCACCAUGCCGGUCCCUCUGCGCCUGGUGUGGCUGUUCUGGCUCUGCAGCAUCUGCCGCGGGUACUUCGAGGGCCCGCUGUACCCUGAAAUGUCCAACGGGAGCCUGCACCACUACUUCGUCCCCGAUGGGGACUACGAGGAGAACGACGACCCCGAGCGGUGCCAGCUGCUGUUCCGGGUGAGCGAGCAGCGGCGGUGCGGCGCGGCGGCGGCGGCGGCGGGCGGUGGGCUCAGCCUGCGAGAGGAGCUGACGGUGCUGGGGAGGCAGGUGGAGGACGCGGGCCGGGUGCUGGAAGGCAUCGGCAAGAGUAUCUCCUACGACCUGGACGGGGAGGAGAGCUACGGUGCCUACCUGCGCCGCGAGUCCGCCCAGAUCAGCGAUGCCUACUCCAGCUCGGACCGCUCGCUGAGCGAGCUGGAGGGCAAAUUCCGUCAGGGGCAGGAGCAGGGCGGCCGGGAGGAAUCCCGUCUGGGCGACAGCUUCCUGGGGCUGCUGCUGCACGCCCGCGCCCUGCUCCGCGAGACCCGCCACGUCUCCAGCGGGCUGCGCGACAAGUACGACCUGCUAGCUCUGACCGUGCGCAGCCACGGCGCCCGCCUCAGUCGCCUCAAGAAUGAUUAUCUCCGCGCCUGAGACCGGAGCCCCCGCCCCAGCUGAACCCGGACCCCCCACCGGCUUCAAAAGAGACCCCCAGUCCUACUGCCGGUGUCCCGGAAGGCACAGCUCUGACGUCUGCCUGGAAGGAGCACGUCCUUGGACAAACCCUAGAUUAAUUUGGGAAAAGACCUCCGAGAUCAAGUCCUACCUUUGACUGAAUACCACCACGCCCACUAAACCAUGUUGAGAAGUGCCACAGUUUUGAACGCUUACAGGGAUAGUAACUCAAACAAAAUACACUAUUCUUCAUGGUAAAACCUUAUUUAUUUUACCUUCUAAACAAAUAGCACAAUUCUAUAAACCAGGAGGUUCGAGGUAUGUUUAAGUUAAUAUCCCAUACUCAAAAAUCUACCCUCUGUUGUAUCAUUCAUCUUUGGUUGCAAAAUGAAGUAAGCUUUCUCAUCUCUGAUUCCCUGCUGUUUGUUUUUGUAUCACCUGUUCUGCUGUGGCUCACCUACCGUAAGUAUAGUUGACGUGAGGUGCUGGCUAGCUCCUUCCAGAUUCCUAUGUAGCAAAUACUUAAAUUGCUUUUGUUGUUAGUCCUUCAGGAUGAAACCUCUGGCCCUCUAUUAACUUCCUUUCCAAUUAUAUGUAUUAUAUGCUCGUUAAACAUUGUUCCACUACAUAAAGCUGUGAUUCUCAUUUGUGUUUGGAAAGAUGGGAACUAUUCUGGCAGGAUUUGUACUUCCAGGCUUGCUUAUCUGUGACUCUAAGCUAUCAUAACCCUAAGAAGCAGCCAAAAAGGUUUAUGUCAGAUCCUGAGAAUGUUGGUGGAGAUUUUUAUAGCAAAAAGAAUGAGCCCUAGUGGUGAUUAGAGUUUUGGAUCCCAGAUUUGAGAGCCAGGAGCCUGUUUCUAAAGCAGACAAAAAGGUUUUGUCUAUGCAAGCACAUUGACUUUUCUUGUUGGUGACUUUUACUAGCUAAGUUAUUAUUUUGCUAGAUGAGUUAUUAAUAAAACUUUGUGGUCCUAGACAAUAGCAAAAGUGGCUGGUGGGAAGGAGAGUGGAGAUUAUUUGGGUUUUUAUACUCCUUGCUAUUUAACUGACAGUUUGGGGUAAUGUGGUUAUUAGGUUACAGAUACCGCAGGCAUACCUGUUUCAAUGAAAAGGGUGUUGUAAUAAAUAUUUGAAAACAGUGUUAAAGUACAUUUUUGUUAUUAGUUUCCAAGAUGCUCUUGAUUUUAAAACAUUCAGUUGAAAUGUGUCUUUUCAGCAAAAAUUUGAAAGUUUGUAGCCCCUGCCAAGUGAAACAACUUGCUUUUUAGUAAAAACAAUAAAUUUACAGACUCAUGAGGUAAGCAAGUUUCAUUAAAAGUAACAACACAAAAGGGCUUUUAGGGCAGACUUUUUUGAGUUUUUAAGCACUCGUGGCACUGGAAGAGAAGCUGAUGUACUUUUGAGGUCUAUUCUUGUAAACCGUGCUCCCAUUUAGUUAUACUUCAGUCUGCAAACCAUUGAGUGGGUAAGUUACUCAAAAGUGCAGUGGGUCAACAUAAGUCAGCUUGGACUAGGGUGCUGAAGGCACCAGGAAAGUCUCAGGAGGGUACGUGCUUACAGAACCAGAUAGCUCAUUUUGCUGAAGGCAGUGAAAUGUAGCGAACUAGCAAGAUACUUGAGAUGUCACUUUGCAUUUUUAAGUCCUCAGCAUCUUUAAAGAUUUGCUAAAAAAAAGAGACAUUUUUUUGGUUGACUCUGGUGGAACCACUCAGUGUUAUUUUCUGUUCUCAAGUUAGAAGGUAUAUUAAAAAUUAAGAAAGUAAAUUAAAAAUUAAUUUAUUUGUGAUACUUUCCUUGUCACUAGGGAUGGAUGGCACAACACAAGAGUGAGCCAAGUCACUGUGUCUCGUGUGCUCACUGCCUUAGCAAAACAUAAUAGCAAUUCUGGUCUGGACCAAGCUCCAGAAGUACCUGAGACCAGUCUCCCCUGAGGAUGUCAUGCAGUUCCAUUUGUGCCCAGAAGCUUCUUAAAGAAGUUUCAGUCUCUGUUUACCCACUUUGAGUCAUUUGCUCUAAUAUGAAUUUUAAAUAUCAGUAAAUAAACAAAAAUGGCAUGACCAUGCUAUUUUUUUAGCUUUAUGAGAGCAGUAUUCAAAUCCUAAUAGAAAUAUAUUAGUACUGUAAAACACAGCUUCCUGAACAUGCUUUAAGCAGCUUGACUAUUCUAUUUGCAGUAGCAAAUGUUUGGUCAAGUUGAAACUAUUCCAGUGUAUGCAGCAUACCAAAAGAGUAAAUGUUUACAGAAUGCUUACUUUUCAAAGCAAGAGAUGUGUGGGUAUUUACAGUAUAACUCAUUUCACUCAAUGCCCUGUAAAUUGUAAUCUAGUGAAACAAGACUGUGAUACUUUACAAUCCACACUAAUGUUUCAUAUGAUAAAUAUGAAUUUUUGACACACUUUUAUGCUUCAGUAAAAUAUAAACAUGUUUAUAUUUGAAAUAUGACAGAAUUCUGAUUUCGUUUCAGUAGCUUUGAUUUUGGAUGGCUUUAAAUGGUCCUUUCAAGGAGAAAAUUAAGAUAUCUGAGUCUGGUUUAUGUGUAAGUGCACACAUUUAAUAAAAAUGGUCAAUCAUGUGGAUUUGAUGAAGCCAAUGCAAACAUCUUUUAGGACAUUUAAAUCUACUAGAGUUUGACUUACAUAAUUUUGGCUGAUCUAAGCAAAUGUAUACAUUAAAUGUAUAAUUUUUAAGUCAGAUCUGAUAAUUAAAUGGUUUUUAUAGAGCUGCCUGCAAGAACUGAGUGCUUAGUGAUGUUCAGCAGUUUAAAGUUUUAAAUUCAAUUUUUUUCUUUAAAAACUGUGAAAACUAUAUUGCAAUACUCUUUGCAAUCUUAUAAAUGUCCUACUUUUUCUUUUUAUCUGAUAAAACUUAUUUGUUUGGAAGGUAUGAAGAUCCCCUGGAUCUGGAUCUUCAUACAGCCUAUUUUAAAUAGUAAAAGCUCUUUUAUCAUUGUAAAUUUGGUAAUCAUUUUUAAGCAGAGCGCUUUAAAAGGAUGAUUGUAGCAGCAAUCAUCCCCACUAUGUCCUUCUGUUAUGUUAAAAUAUUGCAUUGGUACUAGAUUAUUUUUUCUUUUUCAGAAUGCAGAAGUUUGAGCUAAAAUUGAGCGGACAAUGGUAUUUUUUGUUGUAUUCUGAUGGUUAUCAAUAUACGUAUUAUUUCUGAAUUUAUUAAAGAGUUGGUGGCACUGAAGAGCAAAAGACUAUUUUCUGAAAAAUAAACAUGCUGCAGCUGGAACAGUCAUAGAGAGCUUACUUGAGUUUUUUCAUCAAGAGGAACAGGUUGCUCAGAGAAGGUGUGGAUGAUCCAUCCUUGAAAGUUUUCAAGGCCAGGCUAGAUGGAGCUCUGAGCAACCUGGUCUAGUGGAGAGUAUCUCUACCCAUGGCAGGUGGAUUGGAAUGAGAUGAUCUUUAAGAUCCCUUCCUACUCAAAGAAUUCUAUGAUUAGAGUCAAACAAGGCUCUAAGGGACUCACCUGCACUUUUCUCCAGGUAGCUCACUUUUGAAGGCUGUGGUCUGAUGUGGACAAUCUCACAUCCACUGAUACACAAAACAGAAGAAGCUCAGAGCAUGCACAAAACCAUUAACAAGAGCUUGAGAUAGAAAAGUGUACUUUCCUUAUGCCAAGUUAAUGGCUGAGAAUUCAGAGGAGAGUGUGCAAACUGGAUUUCAAAAUUGCAAUUUCCAGUUCCACAGGCUGACUUACCCAGGACCAUCCUCACAGAGAAGUCAAGUGAAGCUUUCAAAAACUUGGUGAGCCUUUAAAAAACCCUCUGUGUGCCAAGCUGGGGUGUAUGAAUUGUCUGAAGCUGAAUUGUUGCUCCUAUAGGUUGUCAGGUACUUAGAUGCAGUUUGGCAAGACGUAAAGCUCAUCAGCAAAAAAUACUUGGCUUAGUCACUAGAAACAACCUUGUGAGCUACAGAGCUCUGGUUAUAAUCUUGUCUAGGAAAUGUGCAUUUUGUGGAGAAAUUCUCUUGGAUGUGUCUGUUACUGUAGGUGUGGCUGUUUAUUUAGAUGGUCUUCAUGUUACUUUACCAGUUUCUUGUGCAUGCUUCUUGAAUAUCAAUUUUGUGAUGAUUAAAGAAGUUUUCAGCUAACA